UUUUGUAAAUUUACAUUCAGGGUUUUUUUUAUUAAUCGUUCCAUUGUUAUUAGAUAAAUUUUAUUUCUUUUUGCAUUUUUUAUUAUUUGUAAAAGAUUUUGUUAAGAAUCUCGCAAGGUUUUAAAUUUCUCUUUAUUGUUUUGUUCUGAAUUUACUCAAUUUUAUAUUUGGAUUCCAUAAGGAGGUUUAUAUUUUAGCACGAUUCUAUUUAACACGAUUUCAUAUUUACAUUUUAGCUUUCAACGCGACUAUUGCUCAAAUUUAGAUUUAUUAAAAUUUUCAGAAAAUAUUCCACUUUCAAGCUUUCUAGUCCGUCAUGUCGGAGUCGGAGCCGGGCGAGAAAGAAAAAAAGGCUAAGCCCGCCCUUGUAAGACUCGGACAAAACGGAAAUGCCAGAAAACCUUCUCUAUCAGGGCUUGGAACCCCGAGGUCGGGAGGUUUGGCCGGUCCUCUAGGAGGAUUGGCCUCUAAAACAUCUCCUUUUGGAACUCCCAAAUCUAAUUUUUCUCCCUUAGGAUCUCCUAGAUCCAGUCCAGUGCAUACAUUCAGAGCUCAACGUGACUUAUCCCUCGGAGCUAAACCUGUUCUAGGAACUAAAUCAGGCUUUGAUACCAAACCUGCCCUUGGAGCCCUUAGUCCUAAAUCUGUAGUGAACUCUCAAACAAAACUUCCGGAUCGUAAAAAAUUCAUUCCGAACCUGAACGUUCAAAGACAAGUUAAGAAGGAAAGUGAUGAACCGGAGAAGAACGAACCAAAGUGGAAAAGGAGAAAGGAAAAUAAACAUGAGAGAAGAGAAAAGAAUAAUAGGGACCGACCAACCUUGAUACAAACAGGAUCUAUUUUCUCUGAAGGUGUUGCUGGAGAUGGGGGGAUUAGGAGACGGAUUGGAGGAUCCAGCUCUAGGGGGGACCUGGAGGAAUCAGGACUAGUCAGGCCUAAACUUAAUCUUAACCAACCUCUGGAUAGAGAUGAAGAAGAAAGAAAACUUAAAUCCCUUCUCAGAGAUGAUUUUAUUGAUGAUCUGAAGGAGGGAAAUUUUGUUCCUGUCCAAUUACCUAUGAUUAAUACAGGAAAGAUAUUUAAAGCUGAGGUAAAGAAGAAGGAUGGCGAAGAGGACGAUAUUAGACCAAAAUUAUUAAAUAAAAAGAAUAAUGAGCUUGAUAGCGAUGACGAGGAUGAUCCUGAACCUGCAAACUCAAUACCUGUGAUAUCUGAACCUGACCUACCUACUGCACCUGGAGAACCUAGCGUUGCGGAGCUCGUCACACACCAGACUGGACAGCUCGUUUUUAUUCAGCUACCUGACUCCUUACCUCUUAUUCCUGAUAAACCUGGCGGAGAUGAAACUGAGGCCGGAGCAGGAUCCAACCUUAAUAUCUCCUCUCUGGGUAGUCUGGAGGGCAGGCUGGGUACACUCCAGGUUCGGAAGAGUGGUCGAUGUCAGCUGAUCUUAGGAAAACAAAAGUUUGAUGUGGAAACUGGAACCAAGGUUGGAUUCCUCCAGAAUGCAGUAUCUAUCCGUGUUCCCAGUAAUCCCGGAGAGAGCGGAGAAUGUACAGUCCUAGGUCAUAUCUCACAUAGACUAGUAAUGUCUCCGGACUGGGAUACUCUUCUCCAUCAGUCAGGGUUAAACUCAACCCUGGCCUGAGAACUUGAAGGAGAAUCCCUUGAGGGUUCCUGUCUUGUAGUCCUAAAUUCAUCACGAAGCUCUAAGCCAAUUUUUACAAUAAACACAAUUCUCGCUGAAUUAUGUUUCCGUUCAUAUUUGUUAUUUGUUUUAUAUAUUAUGUAUUAAAAAUAUUCGCAUGAA